CGGGAAGAGACCCGCCCAUAUACGAACGCUCCCAUAGUCUGCUCCUUCCUCCUGUCAGAUAGGGAGAUUGUCUUAGGCUGGCCAAAUGUGCCACAACGGGUCUGCCAAGUGUCGCUCCCCGGAUCGAUGUUCCGGACGGGAGGGUGGUGACCUGGUGUUCAACUGCUUCCACACUUCCGCCACUGCUGACCAUCAAGUGCGUCUACAUCGCUGCGGAGCGAACCCGGCAGUCGUGUUGAUUGGGAGCACACGACCGUCUUUGGGUGCGCAUUCUCACCCACGCGACAAGUCUUGGCCGACCACUGUUGCUCCAGCAGCUGUCUGGGCAGGAGGAGGCUGUAGGGCCGCUAGCAUGCCGUGGCCCCGGAUUCACUGGCGAGCUGAGGUCACAGGUACCUCGACAGGCAUUUGGGGCUCGGCUAAGGAGAUGAGGUGAUGCGAGGAAGUAUAAGGGCAGGAUGGCGACCUAUCCAGUUGUGGAAAGGGUGGGCUCGUCCCUAUAAUCCACCCGUCUCUUGGUGCCCGCGGGAUUACCAGGGUUGGCAGGGGGCUGCUG